AUGAGCGCUCCUUCUUCCAAGACUCCAAUUUGGCUCGACUGCGAUGCCUAUGCCCUCCUGCUCUGCGCGCACGAUCCAAAAGUCGAGCUGCUCGGCGUAAGCACUGUCCACGGCAAUGCUGCGCUCGAGCAGACCACGUACAACACAAGGGCAAUCUUGGAGGCAGUUGGAAAGCGCCAUGUGAAGGUCUAUACUGGCGCUUCGAAGCCUCUCGUACGCGAUGCUGUACAUGCUGCCGACAUCCAUGGCGAGUCCGGCUUGGAUGGUGUCACCUUGCUACCGAGUCCCGUCGAACCAGCAGCGACCGACGUCGACCACCUCGAAGCCAUGUACCGAGCGCUCAUGGCUACACCACCAAACACCGCUUGGUUGGUCUCCACGGGCACAUUGACCAACAUCGGCAUGCUAUUUCAGAAGUACACCCAUCUAGCGGCUCAUCUCAAAGGUCUCAGUAUAAUGGGUGGUGCGGUGGGUGGAGGUUUUACGGAUGCGCCAAUGGGUACGGUUGAGGGAGAGGGCGAAAGAUUUGGCAACUGGACGCCAUAUGCUGAGUUCAACUGUGAUCCUGAAGCAUCUCACUUCAUCUUCUCGCACCCUGUUCUUAAGCCCAAGACGACACUUGUACCUCUUGAUCUGACGCAUCAAGUUCUCGGUACGAAGAAAGUUCGCCAGACACAGCUAUACGGAGAUGCGAUAUGGAACUCGCCAGGCUCGAAGAGUGACCACACACCUUCGGCUGUGCGGGCCUUGUUCACUCAAAUCAUGUCUUUUUUCGCAGGGACAUACGCUGAGGUUUUCUCUAUAACAGAAGGGCCACCGUUACAUGAUCCGCUCGCUGUCGCAGCUGCUUAUAAUCCCGAAAUAUUCGAUGACAGGGGCGGCGAACGCUUCCAAGUUGAUGUAGUCACCGAAGGCCUUCAUUCGUCCGACAAGUCGAAAGUUGGUGAGCUUGGUAGAACAAAGGUCACCAAGCUUCCAAUCGGUGAAGGUGGCUGUCGCAUACCCAGAAGCGUUAACCUUGAUGCAUUCUGGGGCAGCAUCGAAAGUGCGCUCAAGUGUGCAGAUGCAGUCAGUCCAAUGCCCAAGGUUUCUAUCCAAGAGCUGGAAGAAGCUGGUGUCUUCAACGGUAUCGAAAAAUUACAAUGA